AUGCCAAAACUGCUUCGGCGAGGUGCCAAAUUAAUGGCAGCUAUUGUGAUCCUAAUCAUGGCACUCCUGGUGACCGAGAGAGGCUUUGGUUAUUUGCCUCACCUUCAGCAAGAACACGUACCUUUGCGAUGGUUUGACGGAUCAACAAUAAGUGCCGAAGAGUUGCGCAAUGCCCGUGUGUACAAUGAACCUUCCAGUUAUACCAUGAAUCCGGUCAACCUCUGCCAGACAAAUUCAAGUUCCUUGGACUACCUAUUUUUGAUCCCGUCCGCAGCAGAUCAUUUCGAACACCGGCGGGCCAUUCGCGAGACCUGGGGAAAAGAACUGCGGCAGUUUCCUGGUAUUCGGCUUGCCUUUCUUUUGGGACAACCUCAAGACUCAGAGUUGCAAUCUGCCCUUCUUCUGGAAUCCCUGGAACAUGUUGAUUUGAUACAAGGAGAUUUCCAGGACACAUACAACAACAUGACUGUCAAAAUUGUCAUGAUGAUGCACUGGGCGAUCAAAUACUGCUCUCACAUAAAGUUUCUCAUCAGGAUGGAUGACGACGGCGUCCUGAACGUGCCCAACUUCUUCAAAGCCAUAGUCCUGAAGCCUCAGAAUGCGAUGUACGGACUUCUGGUGCGUAAUAUGAAAAUUAUAAGAGACCUUAGUCACAAGAAUGCAUAUACAGAAAAGGAUUUCCCAAGACCCAUUGCACCCGAUUUUCUUGCUGGGGCAAUGAUUAUUAUUGGUAGCGAGACGUUGAUGAGCUUGUACAAAGGAACUGGACAUGUGACACCGGUCAGGUCCGACGAUGUUUACCUGGCUGGGAUGGUGGCGGAGCGUGUCGGAGUCCCGCUGGUACAUCAAGCGGGAAUUCACUACUGGAAGCAGACGUCUCCAUGUGACCAGAAGAAAGCGAUCUUCUAUCAAGACAUGUCCCCCACCGAAAUGAGAGAGGCGUGGUUCAACCUCCAACGAACCGUGCACAAGUGCUAUGAACUGCCAUUUCACUUCCACUUUUGCUUCUGUAGAACACUUGAAAAGCUUGAUGGUAUUGAUGAGAACUCCUUACUAUGA